UUGUUUAUUUUUAUGUUUAUUUUUGUGCCAUAGAAUAAUUAUUCCACUUUCCUUAAUUCCUUUCAUAGUCGAACAAUUAUUAUCAAAUUUCAUCCACUAAAACAAAAUCCAUAACAAUUUUCCUGGCGGCAGAAGUUUCGAAAGGAGAAGAAAAAAGGCCCCAUCCAUUCUUUCUUUUCUGUGGUAGUUCAUUAGUACCGUUUGUUUUUAUCCAUUCAUCUCCUUCUUUUCUCCGCUUCCAUUCGCUCUUUAAUCUCACCAACUAAAACCCAUUUCAACGUUCCAUUUCAAGCACCUGAAAGAAGAAGAGGCUGAUUAUGUCGAAGAAAGCAGGCGCGCCGGCGCCGUUGCAGAAAGACGCGCCAUGGCGGGUAACAACCUCCAAACCGAUUCCCAGAAUCCACCACGCCCCUGUUCUCCGCGUCUCCCAUAACCCCUACUCCGACUACGCCAUUUCCGUCAUGAAGCAUCCUAAUCCAAUCGGAAGUGGAUUGGCAGAUGAUGCGAUAGUGGAAGCAGCUGGCCCCGAUUGCAUUGUUCCGGGCCAGAUUACCCCUGUUCGAUUGCUUGGCGUGAAGGUGUGGCCUGUUGAAGUAGACUUGAAAUUCCUGGAACCAGUGGGGCGGGAACUCAAGUUGCUUGGGAAGGUACUGCUUUACCACCAUUGUUAAAUGAUUUCGGAGAAAGUUACUUGCUUUGGCUGCAAUAUGUCCAAAUCUCCGAUUGAGUAUUUUGUAGUUGAAUGGUGAAACUUGUGGUUGCAAAUACUUGAGUCUUAAAAUCUAAUUUUCAAACUGAAAGUUAUGCCCUUUGAGAUCUAGCAAUCACCCUGACUUUAUGUAAUAACCUUCCUGUAUACUCUUUGUAUCAACUUGGAUGGCAAUUAAGGUGGCUCUACCAUAGUGGGCCAUUUUGAGGGGAGCAAAGAUAACUCCAUUAAUCCUCGUCUGUUGGCAAUAGCUCUGGAUGUUGUGGCCCCUAUGGUAGUUGCUUUUACACAUCUCGGUCACUUGUCUCCACUUCUGUCACUCAGUUCCCUUCUAUGCAUGUCGAAGGGAAUCUGUAAAGUUAAAUGUUUACUCGUGUCAUCAGAUCGAGAGAAGAACAAGAAUGCUUAGGAUGUGGUUUUAUGAUGGGCUGACUGGAUAGUUGGGUUGUGAUGACAGGAAGUCUUUUCUGUUUCCAUGAAGCCACAAAAUUUCUGAUAAACCCAUAUUUCGUAUACUUGGUACUAUGUAGUAUAUCUGAUGCCUUGUGCUUGAUGUGGAUAUCACUAGGCAUCAUAAUCCUUGAGUGCUGAAUCAUUAAAUUUGUUUCUUCCCAGAUUUGAGCAUUUCCAAUUUAGUACUUAUUUUUGCUCUACUAUCUCGUUGAUUGAUUGUGUUGCUAACUUGACCUUCAGUCACUAUUGGACUUAUAUCAUAAGCUAUGUUGCAGUCAUGUCGUUGUGUUCUGGAUCUCACGGUUCAUAUAUUGGAUUGCUCAUCAUUGCAGUUCAUGGACAAUGCUGUUGACCUGAUGAACAAAUCCUUCAUCGACCGCUAGUCUGUGGGAAAAGUAACCAUUUGCUUGCAAGCUGCAGUUUUGAUUCAUUCCAAUAGCAGAAGUGGGAUAAAGCAGAGAGAUUCUAUAGAUAAAGAUGUAAACUUGUGAUGUAUUCUCAUUCCUUACUAGUCCUAGUUAUUAGAGCCUGAUACCAAGAGUUACAGAAUUGCUGGAUGUCUCCAAAAAUGGGCAGGAAUUAUUUCUCCCAAUAAAUACUGUCUCUGUGUCUCAUGCCAUAUAUAAUACACCGCUUUAGAGAACUUAUAUACUCAGCCAUUUCCUUAUUGUGAUGAUAUAUCCUCUUUCCUUUGGAUCAAUGCACCUUUUCUCCAGCCUAAUUAUUCCUUUUGGUCUUCUUGAUCACAAGCUACAUAAACAAGGUAGCCUUUCUGUAUUCUACUGGGUUUUCUCCCAUUUUUAUUGAAGUUAAGGACGAUGGGUAUGAGAUGUGUUAAAUGUUUGGUCACCAACUUCACACUUACAGAGUGCCUUCAGUGUUUGUUUAUUCUGCAAAUCAAGAAGAAAAGCUACAAGAAGAUCUUAAGAUAGAGAUCCAUUUUUAGCUACCUUCCAAAAUCCUCAUCUCAAUCCCAUUCCUCUUUCGCCCAUUAAACAAAAAGCUUUUCUGAGUUUUCUCCUAUCCUCUCUUUUACAGAACCAGUGACGUUAAGUUAUAAGUGGAACUGCAGCAUCUAUGUAGCACAACUAGGAGCUUUUCAAGAGCCAAAUAUAGUGAUGCAUGAAAAGCCAUUCCUUUUUAUCCUUAUUCUGCCAUUUCAUUUUUUCUCUUAUGUACUUUAUUAGUUUAUCAACAUUCGAUCUCCAGCUAGGCUAUGGUGGGUUCCCCACGAACACUAGUGUUUUCCCAUGUCACAAGUUUCUGGUUUUCGUCACCCACCACAAGUUUUCACUUACUAUAAAAGGGUGUAAAAACCUCUCUGCAAUUCGGUGUGCAGAAGAAAAAUAACAGCCAAUGGAGCAAGGUGAUAAUAGCUUGAGGAAAGGGCCAUGGCUAGAGGAAGAAGAUGAACAACUAGCCAGGCUUGUGAAUGUGUUUGGAGAAAGGAAAUGGGACUCCAUAGCUAGAAUAUCUGGUUUAAGAAGAAGUGGAAAGAGCUGCAGAAUGAGAUGGCUGAACUACCUUCGUCCCAACCUGAAACGUGGUUGUAUUAGUCCAGAAGAGGAGCAGAUCAUCAUCCAACUCCACAAUCGAUGGGGAAACAAGUGGUCGAGGAUCGCUCGAAGCUUGCCAGGAAGAACAGAUAAUGAGAUCAAGAACUACUGGAGGACCCAUUUGAGCAAGAAGAAUACACAAUUACAAGAAGAAGGAAACUUUCAGUGUAACUCCAACGCAAGCCAUAAUCCUGAGCAGGAUUUUCCUUACCAGACAGGGAAUCCAAGCAGUAGCUGCAACUUGGCAUACUGCGACAUUGUUCAGAAUGGCUCGGCAAUGACAGGAGCAGACCAAUAUGAUCUUUGGAGUUUGAUGGAGUCGCCAUACGAGACGAGAUUGUAUGAUCACUGGAUGUCUGAGAUCAGUUGCGGUGAACAAGAAGAAGCCAAAUUUGGAGGAGGUCGUAACUAUGGAUGGAACUACUCUGAAGUUGGUGAAAGUUGCAUGAUGGAUUCUCUGUGGGAUAUGAGCUGAGGUUAAUUAAGAGAGACUGAUCUUGUUGAUCUCUGAGUAGGAAGGACAAUGAGAGAACUUGGAUGCUGUCAAAUCAGACUCUUGUUUUGAAAGCCUAUGUAUAUAACUAACAUGCAACUUCUUCAUAAGAAAGUUUCUGUUCUCUUCU